CGCCGAGCUAUGCGUGUUUCAUUAGUGAAGUCAGAAAGAACGUCUAAUUAAAGUCCCCCCACCCACUUCUUCCCUCGCCCUCCCUUUGUUCUUGCUUUCAUUCCCUUCUCCCUGUCCUAAAUGCCUCCUUCCAGCUUGCAACUGGGCAGGGCUCCAAAAGAGCAGCAGCAACAACUAGAGACAGGAGUUCAAAGUUAGCAACGAGUUGCACAACUUCUACGCUGGGUGACUAUUAAGAAGCUGGAAAGGCGGCCGCGGCGGCAGCAGCAGGAGACGGCUCUGCUACUGCCCCCAGCCUAGUUCCCGAGUUUGUUUGAUGUUCUUCUGCUGCCUUUGGGGCUUGCCAUGGCUCCCUUUGGAAGGAAUCUCUUAAAGACCCGCCACAAAAACAGAUCACCUGUGAAAGAAAUGGGUUCCAGUGAACAAGAAAUCAUAGUCUGGGUUUGCCAGGAAGAGAAGAUUGUCAGUGGACUGACUAAACGCACAACUUGCAUGCAAGUAGUUGAAGCUUUGCUGGAAGAACAUCAGGCCACCUUUGCUGAGAAGAGAUUUCUCUUUGGGCAACCUAAAGAUUAUUGCAUUAUAGAAAAAUGGAGAGGUUCUGAGCGGGUUCUUCCACCUCUCACAAAAAUGCUCAGACUUUGGAAAGCCUGGGGGGAAGAGCAACCUAAUUUGCACUUUGUCUUGGUCAAGGCAGAUGCUUUCCUCCCCUUGCCCUUGUGGAGGACAUCGGAAGCCAAGGUAGUCCCAAACUUAGAAACACACUGGGAUCUCAGUCCAGCAAAAUAUAUGAAGAUGUUGUCAGUGGAUAAGCAAAAAAGAAUUCUUAGAAAAACCUUCCGGAAACUGGCCAAACUUAAACAGGAAGGAGUUCUGCAGGAGAGGGACAAUAUAGAGACCCUAAUCCAUCUCAUCCUUUCUCAAGACCAUACUAUUCACCAACAAAUCAACAGAAUGAAGGAACUAGAUAUGGAAAUUGAAGAGUGUGAAGCCAAAUUCCAUCUAGAUCGGCUUGAAAGUGUUGGGGAAAACUAUGUUCAAGAGUCUUAUUUAAUGCCUUCUUUUACCAAUUCUGAACAGCAAAUGGAAAUGCCUCACAACCAUCAGCAUGAAAGUUCAAGCAAAUGUGAUGGGAUUUUACAAGUGGAAGAAAGACUAAAGCACCACAGGUUAAUGAUUGAAAAGCUCUCUGCUGAAAUUGAACAAGAGGUUAAGGAAACUGAAAAGAACGGAGACUUGUGUACAGAAGAUGCAUCUAAAGGUGAAGAGGAGAAUUCUGAUGUAGAAAGUAUUAAGAAUGAGCUGGAAAGAAGUAUGAAAGAUGCUCUGAGGAUUCAUUCUCAGUUGAACUGCAUCCAGCAGGAACUAAAAUAUAGGGACUUGAUGCUUCAGAAGAAGGAAAAAGAAUAUGAACUACUUGUAGAAGAGUUUAGUGGAUUGCAUGCUAAAGACAAAAAUGAAUUCAGGUACCCAACGAUUGAAGAGAAAACGAAGGACAAUGAAACUGGCACAAAAAACUUUCCAGGAACAGACCUUCUUCACAAAAUGACUAAUUUAGACAUAAAUGAUACAGACUCUGACACUGGAAUCAGUUCUACUCACAGCCAAGACUCAGAGACAGCUAUAGGAGACACGUUGUUGUUGUCCACAUAGUUGAAAACCUUUAUUUUAACUGAAGCUAAUUUAAUAUUUGCACCCUAAAAAUAUCACAUAGAAAAUGUGGUAUUUCUUUCUAUUAAAUCUAGUUCUAAUGGGAAACGUUUCCCUGAUUUUUUAAAAAAGAUAGAGAAAUCAGAAAUACAGCUAAAUCUUAGAAACAGAGGGGAAGAUACAGUAAAAUUAUAUUCCCUUUUUCAAACAAUAUACCAAAUUCAACUGUAUUAUUGAUUAUGUAGAUACAGAGCAGUUAACCAGAUUUGAUGGAGAUGGACUGAAGUUUAAGUCCAUGCACCAAUACAAGUUCUUUGUAUGCAUUAUCUGUCCAUAGAGUUCUCCAGGGAAUAUUAGCUUUUGUUUUUAUAUAUUGAUUCACUGCCAAUUCAGUGCAAUACCAAUGUCGAUAUUUUGCCGCACAAAGUAUAUUCAAAGUACAAUCUUUGAAUGUCUUUCUCUGAUAUUUGUGGAAAAUGCACUGCAUUAGAACUAGCAGUACAGCAGAUUUCUUGUGCUGCAUUUCAUUAAAUUGCAAAACAAAGUUUAGAAGUUGUGAUUCCAGUCAUAGUACUUGAGUUACAUAUAAGCAAUGUUUUUGUCAAAUUUUCAAUAGAAUUGUUUCUUACUGUUGCAUAUCUUUAAAUAAGAUGCAGAUUUUACAGAUCAGUUUUUUUUCCUAAAUAUAAAAGAGAAAAAAAGAUUGAAGAUAGAUCAAGAAAAUAAAUUUCACACUGCCAUAAGACUAAAUAAGAAUCUAAUAACUCUUUAACCCGCAUAUGCUAGUUAAGCGAGAACAAGUUAGGUCAGUGCUUGAAUAUAUUCACCUCCAGCUUCUAGAGACAUGAAUGGGGUUACAGGAACCCCUUUAUUGUAAACCGCCCAGAGUCCUUUUUGGGAGAUGGGUGGUGAUAAUUGAUUGAUUGAUUGAUUGAUUGAUAGAUAGAUAAAUAAAAUGUUGUAGAUGAGGCCUAACAAACCAAUAGUCCCAGAUUACAGCAUAUGAAUGCUAUUUAGCUUGGACCAAUGUAGCAAGACAGUGAAAAAGGCCUUCAAUAAAAGGCCACUAUUUAGAAUGGACAAGAGAAACAUUUGUAUGUUUAACUUUUUUUUUUUUUACAUUUUGACAUGAUGUUUCACCUUUUACAAACAUCAAUUAUCUACCAUGUUAUUUUUAAUGACUGGGAAAAUUUUCUUCUUUGGAUUCACACCACCCCACCCUCCUGAAUCUAUAGAUUGACCUCUGGAUAUUAUGAAGAGAUUUUCCCUAAAUAUAUAUAUAUAUAUAUUUGCUGACUAAUUUUUUUUUUAAUGUGGCUGAAUCAUUUGAUGUUAUACUGCAUACCUUGAGCUCUAUUAUCUAUCUGUUCCUAGUGGAAACAUAGAUGACUAGUGUACUGUUAUCAUAGUUUUAUAAUAAUUUAUUAAUCACACAAACACACAAACUAAUUUUCCUGUUGAAAAUAUGCUAACUUGUAUUAUUUGCAGAAUUUCUGCAGUUCAUGCAAUACAUACAUAAUUUUUCAUAUCUUUGGCAAUGUAAAAAAAUCAGUUUGCUUGAUUCUUUUAAAUGCUAUUACAUUGUGAAUCAGAAUUAAACUUACAGAAUUUAUUUUGCAAACUUUGAAUGAGUUCCAAUAUUUACUUCAGACCCACUUAAGUCCCAUCCUUUACCUCCCCUUCAUCGGUUCAACUUGUAUAUUCAAGGUUUACUGAUUUAGGGACACUCACUGUUUUAUGGGACACAAGAAGUUAGGACUUCUUCCAGCACAUACACCUUCUAAAAAAAUAGAAUUGACUGAAGUGUGCCUCCACUGCUCCUAUUCAUGUAUUAAUAUGUUUUUUCUUGGAUAGCCCCACAUGUGCAACAACAGUUGUCAGUUGUCUUAUGAUUUUUUGUGCGUCUGGAUUUUUUACAGAAUAAGUAGCCAUUGCAUUGCAUUAUAUAAUCAUAUGGAUAUUCACAUGUUCUUUUUAUAUCAAGUUAUAAAUGUUGAGUGAAAAGUAAUCUAUAGAAUCUUGUAGAAGACCAGUACCUACUUUACAGUAGUUAUUUGAAAACCAGCAACCAUUACAGUUGCUUUGAAAUUUUUGUGGGAGUAGUAACAUUGGAGGUAUGAGACUUUUUUUUUUUUGUCCUUUGCAUACAGAUUUCUUUCAUAGUGGGAGUGAGGAGAGGCAGGAGAAUCUGUGUAUCUAAAAUAAAUUUAGAUACACUGAUUUAGUGUGCCUAAAAUGUCUAAAAAUUGAGGAGGGGGGGAUGUAGGAAGUAUGGGUGAUUCAAGUUUCUUCUCUUACCUCUGCAUGAAGUGCCUUCAGUUAUAACUAGAUCUCCCUAAGAUAAACAAAAGCCUAGCCCAAUCCUAUGCAUAUUAAUUUUAAAGUAAGUACUGUAAAAAUAUUCAGGAUUUACUCCUAAUGUAACUGUAUUUUCAUUUCAGUGAACCUUGUAGCUACUUACUUCUCAGCUGGAUUCAUGUUGCACUAAAUUAUGGUUUGUUUUAACCACCUGAAAGAAUCUCUGCCCCAGCAUCCCUUUCACAACACUGGAGUGUAUAGUUUCAGAAUGGUUGUACUUUGGUUUUAUGAUGUAAGGGGAAAAACUGCCUUGCUAGGCUUAAGACCCUUGUUCUAUUUGUAACCCAUCAGGAAUGAGCUGAAAAUUUUGGCUCCAUCCUCUCAUUGAUAUUGAUACUGGCAUCCCCAUGUAGCUAUGGAGGCCAUUUUUUUCAAAGGUAAUUUGACCUUUUCAAAGGUCACAAGAAAAUUGCACACAUUUAAUUAUAAAUAGGGUUGACUUCAACAGUGUUCCAAACAAAAUCUGAACAAAGGACAUAAAGCAUAUUUUGACUAAUUAUGAUGUAAACCCAGACUGUAUUGCACCCUUCUAAAACAUGUGAAAGAUCAAAUUGAAAAUUUGGAUAUAAUACUAUAUUCUAUUCCAUCCACUUGGAUACAUUCUAAUAUUCUAAAUGAUUGUAAUUGGAUGGAAGUUCCAAAACAUUUAGGACUGGUUAUAGAAUUCAUUUGAAAGUUUGUUUUGCAAAAAAUAAUUAGUUUGGAAGAUUUUCUUGCUCUCAGGGUAGAGUUACAAAAGUGAUUUAGUGUGCCAUUUAAAGAUAGUGGAAAUACCAUCUUUGGACCAUCUAAUCCUAAUUAUUCUUACGACCCUCUGAGUUCAAUAGGGGUUUACUCAUUAAUAAAUUUCCUAUUAGUUUAGUGGUAAUUAACAAGUAAUUUUCAUUUGUUUAAGGGCCAGAGGCUGAAACUUGCUCACAAAUCAUGUAUUGUAUUGUAUUGUAUUGUAUUGUAUUGUAUUGUAUUGUAUUGUAUUGUAUUGUAUUGUGUGUGAAAACAUUCCUUACUGAGUGUCAACAAUAUUUUUCCAGAUUAAAAAGGAAUGUUGAAAUUAAAGUAUUCAUGAUAACUGACAGAUUAACUAACCACUGUUACUUCUAUCAAGAAUACUGUUGCAGAAUUUAACAUUAAUUUGUAUAGAAAUGAACAUGGACAAUAAUUAGAGUUGUUUUCUGUGUGUUCCAAAUAAAACAAUUCUACCAAAUUAAA